AUGAUUUCGCAAAUUCUCCUGAUCAUCAUCACCAUCUUCCUGCCCCCUGUCGGCGUCUUUAUGAUCGCUGGCUGCGGCGCAGACCUCCUCAUCAACAUCUGUCUGACAGUCCUUGGCUACUUCCCUGGCCAUAUCCACGCGUUCUACCUCGAAUACGUAUACUACCACAAACAGGAGCAGGCCAACAUGGGCGUGUUCGACAACAACAGAGCAGCUGGAGUGUACAGCGAUAACGUCCAGACUGGUGGCCGUGGCUAUGGCACCAUG